GAGGUGCCACCGAAAUGACGUAGCAAUUUGCUGUUUCUUUCCUGCUUGACGACUCUCGCCUUUUCUCUCGCGCCCUCUCCGUGUACAGUGAGCGAGAGCGAGGGGGGAGUCAGAAAAACAGCCACAGCAGCCCUCCGCCCCAGCGCGCGGCUCCGGUAAUUGUGCACUUGCCUAUGUGGGCUUCCCAUUCAUACUCUCACAACCGGGCACGCAUGCUUGCCACCACUCACAUCUUACAUGGCAUUUUGACGCUGGCUCAUCUUUGUUUUUCUGUAUGCAACUCUUGCAGAGUCACCCGUUGGCUCAUCCUGCGUGAUAUCGUCUUUGGUGCUGCUGGAGCCCGUGGAAGAAUUGUAUUCACAUCGGCUCUACGCUGCCUGCUGAUCGCUUCAUUUGUUUCCCUAUUCUGAAUGACGGGCGGCGGACGGUUCGACUUCGACGAUGGAGGCACUUACUGCGGGGGCUGGGAGGAUGGGAAAGCCCAUGGACACGGUAUCUGCACAGGACCCAAGGGCCAGGGCGAAUACGCCGGGUCCUGGUCACACGGGUUCGAGGUAGUCGGGGUCUACACCUGGCCCAGUGGGAAUACAUACCAGGGAUACUGGUCGCAAGGGAAGCGGCAUGGGCUUGGGGUUGAGACCAAGGGGAAGUGGAUCUACCGCGGGGAGUGGAGCCACGGCUUUAAGGGUCGCUACGGAGUCCGCCAGAGCCACAGUACACCUGCUAGAUACGAUGGAACUUGGAGUAAUGGUCUACAAGACGGAUAUGGCAUCGAGACCUACGGGGAUGGCGGUACGUACCAGGGCCAGUGGAUGGGCGGGAUGCGUCAUGGUUACGGGGUGCGUCAGAGUGUGCCUUACGGGAUGGCCACGGUCAUCCACUCUCCGCUACGCACCUCGCUGGCCUCGCUCCGCAGCGUCCAGAGCAACGGCGCCCUGCACGCUGACCUGGCCGGCGGCGACACGCCCGUGGGCACGCGCGGCGGCUUCGUGCUCAACUUCCACAGCGACAGCGAGGUGGCCGCCGCCGCCGGCAAGAAGAAGGGCCUGUUCCGGCGCGGCUCGCUCUUCGGCUCGCUGCGCAAGCUGCACAAGUCCGAGUCGCGGACGUCCAUCUCCAGCAAGCGCAGCUCGGCGCGCUCCGACGCCACCACCAUGAGCCGCAUCAGCUCCAGCGACGGCAACUCCACCAUCAGCUACGGCGACGGCGACGGCAGCGGCGGCGGUGAUGCGGACUACGCGGCGCCCGAAGACCACGUGGACGCCACCACCACCGAGUCCUACAUGGGCGAGUGGAAGAACGACAAGCGCUGCGGCUUCGGCGUCUCCGAGCGCUCCAACGGCAUGAAGUACGAGGGCGAGUGGCUUAACAACCGUCGCCAUGGCUACGGCGCCACCGUCUUCCCCGACGGCACCAAAGAGGAAGGGAAAUACAAAAAUAACGUGCUGGUGCGCGGGAUACGCAAGCAGAUCAUCCCGCUCAAGAACCCCAAAACCAAAGAGAAGGUCGACCGGGCCGUGGACGGGGCACGCAGGUCCGCAGCCAUCGCACGCACAAAAGUGGAAAUAGCAGCAUCAAGAACUUCUCAUGCGCGCACCAAGAGUGAGGCGGCCGACACGGCGGCUCUGGCUGCGCUGCACGACUCCGACCUGGCCAGGAGUGUCGCCACCGAGCUGUCCCCCAACUUCCACCAACCAGGUCUGGACUAUGUGAAGCAGAUGUUUGCGGAGCCGGAGGUGGUGACCGUGGAAGCCCCUCCCCCAGAGGAGCCCAAACCGGAGCCGGAGGCGGAGCCUGAUAAGAAGGACGCCUCCCACUUCUACCCGAAGGGCACCACGCCCUCCACGUCCCCCGCCCAGAGCCCCGGCGCCUCCCCGCCCCGCACCAAGAAGGUCUCCACCGUGGUCCCCCCCAGCGUGGCGCGCAAGCUCAGCAAAGAUCACAGCGCCGCCGUCAGCCGCAAGCUCAGCAGGGAAGAGAAGGCCACCGACGCCUCCGCCGGCAAAUGCGUCAGGAUGGCACCAACCCCGCCCCCACCGCCAGCCGCCCUCCCGCCGCCCCAGACCACCGCCCAGGAAGCGGGGCCCCCCAAGCCGCCCAAGAUGGCCGAGCCGGACUCCGAGCCGACCAAGCAGAACGGCAUGCUGAGCCGGCAGCGCGCCUACCACAGCUACUACGUCAAGACGCCCGUCAAGGCCCCGCCCCCCGAGGAGCCCGAGGAGCCGGAAGAGGAGGAGCCUACGCCCCUCGCCCUGGCGCGCAUGCCCCCGCCCCCCAAACCCACGCUGGGCCUCAUCAAGAAGCAGGAGUCGCUAAAGCCAAAGAGUCUCGCGGAAACUAAGAAAGCCAGCGUUGAGAUCCUAGAAGUCGAGGAGGCGCAGUCAGGUCCUAAUUCGAUAUUGGUUGCCAUGGUUAUGCUUUUGAAUAUUGGUCUUGCAAUUAUUUUCGUCCAUUUCCUGACAUGAUGCACUGGAACCUGAGUGGAGUCAUGAAAGCCAUUGCAGUUGCAGUGUCGACGGCCCUUACAGAAACAAAAUGGCGUCAGGCGCCUCAGGACCAGCCAACUUAGUGUCGGGAUGAUGGUGAACCACUGGGGAGAUGCAUGAAAACAUGAAAACGUGGAACAGCCAGCGGAACAAGAGAUGACCGCACAGCUGCCUGCCUGAUGCCUCCAGGCUCUUACACGGCGAGCAGGAGGAGACUGGAGAGGAGAGGGAGGGGAAAAUUAUAUGUUGGGGUGAUGAAAAAUAUAUAAACACAAAAAAAAUAUUUAUAUGAAGAAGUAAAAAAAAAAAAAAAGUUUUUAAAAAAACAACAUAAAAAUUGAAAAUUGAUUCUGCUGAUCUAAGCCCAAAACCUGUGAAGUGAAGUGUGUGUAGGCCUAUGGCCUCCCUACCGGCACUCGCACCCAGGGAAUGAAGAGAGGGAGAGAAGGGGGGAGGGAGGGAGAGAGAGAGAGGGAGAGAGAGAGAGAGAGAGAGACUUAACUGGAAACGGUCAGAGAUGCACUUUGAACAUGACGGGAGCCAGCAGCUGCCUUACUAUUUUACGGUCUGACGUGUAAGUGGAGCGUCGCCCGCACCGCUACGCACCGCCCUCGCUCGCCCUCGCUCGCUCGCCAGGGAGACGUGUUCAGAGGACAUUGUUGCCACGGGAUCGCAUUCCAGCCAAUCCCGCGAGAGGAAACUGUAUGCGGGAGAGACAAGACAGCGUGUCUCUCACUCACACAUGUGCAUGUACACACACACACACACAACUGUACACGCACGCACUUGCACACACACACACACACACAAGGACACACACACACACGCGCACACACACACACACACACACGCAGCAGUCUUACACUGUCAGCUAGCAUAGCCACCAAUGUCAGCUAGCACCUGAACCACGUGCAUUUGCGGGGCCUCCGCUGGUUUCCAUAGCAACACCAUCCCCCACCCCUCUUUGCAUGGUACACUUUUCACUCCUCUGUUUUACUCUGUUGGUUUUGUUUUGUUUUUGUGUCUUGUUGUAGUUUAUUUCUCCAUGUUUUGCUUUGUAUUAAAGACAAAAGUUGAGGGGAAAGAGAAAAAAACAUAUAAAGGAAAUCUCCAUUUAUCAAAUAUCCCCUUCCCACUUUGGUUCAUAUUUGUUUGAUGUCCCAACGAUCUUCACCAAGAGAUGAUAUUCUUAUUUUGAGAGAUGUGCAAUAUGUUUUAUUUUUUUAAAAGAUAAAUUAUAUAUUUUGCCAACUAAAGGUUUGUAGUCUGUUCAUCAUUUUGAGUUGUCAUAGAGGUCAUCUUGGGGUCAUCUUGAUUUCCUUUUGAACCACUCCACAGGAUUGGCAUGCAGUAGUGCCCUGGCCAACUGUUAAAAGGGAAGGUACUUUACCAUUGACUGUGCUGGUUUUUCUUUUUCUUUUUUGGUGAGAAUUGAACCCAUUACACUAGUACAUGGCUACACUAAAACAACAUAGGGCUGAAUAUGAAGUCUUAUCACUAGAAAGGAUAGAAAAAAAUAUACAUGUUAUUUAUUACAUUUUGAGAAUCGAGUACGAUUUGUUUUUGUUAUGGUGUUUGUAACAGAAGCAUAAAUAGUUUUGCAUGCGAUUGUUGUAUUUUUCUGCCUCCGUUGUGGAACUGUAAAAGUGAACUAUUAGUGAUUUAUCGAUGCGAAAUCCCCCCUUUCUAUUGGUCGAAAGCCUAUUGCUUGCUGCCAUUUAUCUUGUGAGAAUAACUUGGGAUACCCAAAGAGAAGAGAGUGUGUGUGUGUGUGUGUGUGUGUGUGUGUGUGUGUGUGUGUGUGUGUGUGUGUGUGUGUGUGCGUGUGUGCGUGUGUGCGUGUGUGUGUGUGUGUGUGUGUGUGUGUCUGUGUGUGUGUGUGUGUGUGUGAUAUGAUCAGGUUCUCCCAAGGGAUGGAGUGUUGCCUUUUAAAGUCUUUACCAGUAAUGCUGUUUACCUCAGUCUAAGAGGAGGAUAGGAAUGAGACAGCCUCAGUAGUGACUAAGUCCUUGUCUUAACCUGUAGAGUGCAAUUGGACUGUUGCCACCACUACGGCUCCAUUUAAACAUCAGCUCUAUUUCUUUUCUUUCGUUUAGCUCCGUUUGUUUUCUUUCUUUUUCACUUUCUCUCUAGUUUGUCAUGUUGUUAUUGUCUGUUAUUGGUGUUUUAUUUGUUGCAGGUGCAGCAUGGUGUUUGUUUGUUCUUUAUUUUUCAUUUUAUUUAAAAAAAGGUACCAUUUUCUGUAUCUUAUCACUACAAAAAAAAUAUAAAUUUAUUUUGUGCAAAACGUCAUGACAUAAUGACCUUGUGUUGUUUUUUUCGAGUAUUUGUCUGUCGGAAAUCUCCAUAUAAAGGGCUUUAAUGGAAUACGUGGAAUUUUUAUCUCACAUUUUAUUUGAAUGGCAUUUUGCAUGAAGGAUAUACUAUGUAACGUAAAUUAUAUCUGGUUUAGACAGCUCGUUUAGCAAAAAAGCUUUGGGAUUUCUUUUGUGGGUGCAUCUCACCUCUGAAGUUGAGCUGUGGCCUUGAGAAGGUUUGUGACCGCGUGUGAGAGAGAAUGAAUGUGUCUGUGUACGGUACAUGCGUAUGUAUUUAUGUGUAUGUUUGUGGUGUAUGCAUUUAUGUGCAUAAUUGCCUGUACUUCCCUUCUUUGUGGAUAUAACUGUGUGUGUGUGUGUGUGUGUGCGUGCGUGCGUGCGUGCGUGCGUGCGUGCGUGCGUGCGUGCGUGCGUGCGUGCGUGCGUGCGUGCGUGUGUGUGUGUGUAUAUAUUAAGGGCCAGCAUCUAAAGAGGCAGCCAUGGAGUGUUUUACUUGAGAACGAUGACAAUGUUUUAUGCAGACAACAGAUAAACAGCAGCCUCCCCAUCCCCACGGGAGGGCGGCCAUCUUGUGGGCUGUAUUUUAUUAUUGUUUCUUUGAAAUGCAAUGUAAAAUGGCCUCUUGACUUGAAGAAAAAAAAGCUUUCAAUGACUUGUGAGCCAUAACAACGUAAAAAAAGUUUAAAAGUUGAUGUACAUGUAUUUUUUUAAAAGCAGCAUUGCAUGUUGAAAAAAAGAUAACAUUUAUAUACAGUGAAGGUUAUACUAUUUGUAAGGAUUUUUACAGAGCACAAUCCAAACCACAACAUUUCAAAAAAGAAUUUAUGGUAUUUUUCUAAAGAUCCACUCUGCUGUAUUUUGACAAAGGAUAAAAAACAUUUUAUAUGGAAAGCAACAUAAUGCACCCAAUCUUUAUCAAAAAAAUAUAAGAAGUGUUAUAUUCUGAAAGCCAUUCACAGUCGGUACCCAACAAACAGUGAUUUAUUCGGUUUUAAAAGUCUAUGUUUCUUUUGAUAUCAGAAAGCCCAAUCAGUAAUCUCUUGGUUUUGUGUUGCAGUCUGAGGAGGUGUAUUUCUGUGUAACAAUAAAAGACUUUAUGCCCUGGAAUCUGGA